UUAGUUGUCCUCGAUAUAAUUUCCUCCAUGAAGCCCGAUUGAAAACAGUUGCCGUCUCCAUAUUAUUUACAAUGUCAAAUUACAAAAUUGGUGUGAAUUUAAGAGUGACAGAAAACAGCAACCAAGGAGGGAGGAAGUAUAUGGAAGACAAUAAUUCUAUUCAAUUCGUAAAAAAUGAAGAGGGUGGAUAUGAAUUUGCAUACUUCGGGAUUUUCGAUGGGCAUGGCGGUUCCGAAGCGUCAAAGUUUGUCCGUGAUAAUUUAUUGACCCAAAUCAAGAAAUAUGAUUACUUCUGGAACGGUGACGAUGACCAGAUUUUAACGGCAAUUAGGAAUGGCUUUCUUGACACGCAAGAAUUAAUGUGGAAAGAAGUUGGUAAAUGGCCAAGAACAGCUAGUGGUCACCCAAGUACCUCAGGAACUACAGGCAGUAUAGCUAUAAUAAAAAACUCCAAGUUAUACAUAGGGCAUGCCGGAGACUCUGGCGUUGCACUUGGGUAUGACCAAAACAAGAACUUUGAUGAAAGAGCCCCUUUUCCCUUAGCAGGGACGAUGCUCACGACAGAUCACAAGCCUGACAGUCCAGAGGAAAUCAAGAGAAUCGAGAGAGUAGGAGGUCAGGUGGUGGCUAAAGCUGGCGUCCAGAGGGUGGUGUGGAACCGCCCCAAUAUAAGCAAUAAAGGUCCGGUCAGGAGGAGCACCCCUAUUGAUAAGAUCCCCUUCUUAGCAGUAGCCAGAAGUUUAGGCGACUUGUGGAGCUUCAACUAUCAGAACAAUGAGUAUGUUGUCUCCCCUGUUCCGGAUGUAUCCGUACAGGAGCUGGAUCCAGCUAUUCACAAGUGCCUGAUCCUCGGAUCAGACGGCCUUUGGAACGUGAUGACAGCAGAGUCAGCGGCAGCCAUAGUGGCAGAUCUGGAGUACCACUUUGAAUACAAAGUUAUCCAUGAUCCAAAUGUACCAGUGUCAUACUGGAUAAACCCAGCAGAGAAACUGGUUCAAAAAGCCUUGAGAACAUGGAGGUCAAAACUAAUGAAGGCUGACAAUACAAGUUGUAUAGUGGUUCUGAUUGAUCCACUUGGGCCCAGGAAACUCUCCAUUCUCAAGAAGAAGAGAGAUGAAUUCUUCCAAAAGGCAAAUUUGGAGAAAACCGUUGCUUCUCCUAGAGUUUCGCAAAGGAAACAUGACAACGCUGCUAAACCGGAGGCAAUAAAGAGUGAAAAGGAUGAAGAGAACAAAAAGAAAUCAGCCACAAGUCGAGUGAAUUCACACAAUGUAAUAACACCCAAAACUGUUGUCUCUCCUAUCUCAACUGAAAAAUCGAAACGGUCAUCGAUAUCCCCUGCACUUAACUCUGAACUUGAUGACAGUGUGCAAGCCAACAGUGUCCAUUUCAAAGCAAAAUUUUCACAAGGAAUGAUUACCAAAGAAAAGCUCAACUUCAGCUGCACCAAUGUAUUUGCAAGAUUCCAAGGAAGCAAAUCUGACUUGGAUGUCCACACUUCCACGCAGGGUGUGCCCAUCACAAGGGCUAGACACCACUCUGGAAAUGUGAUCCUGCAGUCACAAAAACUUUCAAAAACCUCCGAUCAAAACCAGAAGGUAACCAAAAAUAACCCAAUUUUUACCGCGUCCUCUUUGAAAGACCUCUCUGUGCUGACAGACAGCCUGAAACCAUACCAGACAAAUCGUGUUCACUUAACAACGGAGAAACACGUGAAAAGAGUGGAAGUUCCAGUGUCGGCUUGCAGCUUGAAAGACAUGCAGAAUUUCUUGGAUUGCAGCAAGAAUGAAAUCAAAGUGCGGACGAACAGUGAUAUGAAUCAGCAGAGGACUCACAAGAAGGAAUCGGUGACGAAAGAUCAGAAACCUGGUGCCGCCAUCAAAAGUGAUUCCGCUGAAUCUGGAGGACAUUAUUUGAGGAAACACACCAUUAGUGCAAUAGACAACAGCAAUAAAAAGGCAACCUGCGUAGCAUCGAAACUGAGAAAAGUAAAACAAAGAUCAUUAAGGUGUCGAGGACAAGUUGAAAACAAGGUGAAGGCAAGCAUGUCUACAAUCGCUGGUGUCAAGCGGAAAAGAAACAGUAACGAAGAGGCACAUCAACCAAAGAAGACUUGUCGAAGAUAGUGCUAAAUUUGUUUUAUGUCUAGUUGUAUGGUUGUUUUCUUUCUCUGUUCUUGUUAUAAACUGUCAGUGCACAAAACAUCUAUGCAUUUGCCAAAUUUUUUAUUUUCACAUUUUUUUAAUGUCAUAGGAAAUUUUUUAAUACUCAAAUAUUUCUCCUUACAAGAAAUUGAAAGGGGAAAUGAUUGUUUUUUCUUUCACUUUUGUUUUUAUUUAUUGAUAUUUUUUUUAACAUUCAGAUUGCAUCAAUCUUCAUAUUUGUAGCAUAUCUUAAAUAUCCAAUAGAAAAAACAUCCUUUUAAAUUUUAAGUUAUAUUAACUAAGUAUUAAGAAAUGUUUGCUUUUAUGACAACAGAUGAAGGAAACAUCAAUAUGUUAUUUUUAUCUAAUCAUUCAUGGCAGCAAUAUCAUAUGUUAGUGUGUAUUUUUAUCAAAUAAUGGCACGUCAUAAUUUUAGUAUGUAGCAAUUCAUCUUCAUAGUUUAAUCCAUAUGUGUGUAGAAAGAGCAAUUUUUUAUGAAGUCUUUAAUAUAUGCAAUUUAAAAAGUACAAACAAUUAUAAUAUUUAGUUUUACUUUUGAGAAUAAGAGGCCGUCUUUUUUUUUUUUUUUUUUUUUUUAAGAAUUCAUUUGAGUCGUUUCAUUUUUCCCUCUUUUGCCAAAAAUUUCAAUGUUGACUUUUUUUUUUAAAUGAAAUUGAUUUUAAGAAAUUUAAGUUGUGGUUCCUAUGAAAUUUUAUUUAUUUUACACAUGUACAUGUUACAAAUACAAUUAAGUUGAAUGAAAUUUUUUUUUAACAAAAGUUUCAUGGUUUAGAUAAUCCUGCUCAUUUAGUUUACUUAUACAUGAUUUUUUGUUUAAUGAUAGAUUAAUUAUUGCUGGGUGUUUUUUCUUUGUUAAAUGCAAACCAAUAUCUUUUCUUGAUUUGAUUGAUUUUGACUUUACAAGUUGUGUCCUAGGCUCAUAGCAUCACAAAAUUGUGUUAAAUUUGUCAAUCUUUGCAUGUAAAUUGGUCCAUUUUCAUUUUACUUCUACUGAUGUUCUUAUCCUUUUCUGAACAAAUUUGAUGCUUGACUGAUAGCUAUUUAAGAUAACAUUAUAUAGGUUAUAACUAGUAAUUGCUUGAUGAUUAAAAAUAUGAAAGAUGUGUUUUUAUUUGAAAUUCCGGCUUUUACUUAAGUAGAGCUUUCUCUCUUGUUGCUUCCUCUCAGACAAAUUGUUUGUCUUAUGAAAUUUCACAUUUUCUGUACCCACCAAGGAAGACAAAUCUUGUAUGCCUCAGGUUUCUGAUGUAUUACAUGUGAAAAUUUAAGAAUUAACUUUUUGCCGUAUUUGUUUCAGUGAAAUCUUGCUUAAAGGGUAAAUCUGAUUAUUAGAAAUAAAAAUCAGACAGAAAGCUGAUAAACGGUCUGUUGAUAAUACCAAUGAAGUCGUCUGGUAAAAUGUUUAAAUAAAAAAGCAGACCAACCUAAUACUGAUAUGAAGAAAAUUAUAAGUGUUAUUUGGUGAGUAGAAAAUGUAAUGCAAAAGUAUUAUUCAUUUUAUGCCAUUUUCAGAAGCAAAGAAUAUUGUACUUUGAAUUGCCUUUUAAUGUUGUAAAUACUGAUUUAUGUGUACAGAGAUCAGAUGGUAAAAUAUUUUCAAAUGUUCACAAGUUGAACACUUCAGGGAUUUUUUGCUUUCAUGAACAGUAUAUUUUCAUGCGAACAAAUUCAUAUUGUAGAUAUAUAUGACAGUGAUCAACAAAACCAUGUACAUAGUGUUGAAACAAUUAAAACCUAUUUUAUAAUGAUAA